GUUUCUGUUUAGCUUCAGAACUCGAAACCAGCGGAGCAUGGAGUGACGGAAGCGACUGAAAUACACAGCGCCAGAGUGAUAAUUCUCAACCUCCUCAAACUCCGUAAGUUCCUUAGCUAACCCUAUUCCAUUUGUUGCAUUCGAUUGUCACAGUGGCCUCAGUUUGCUAUCUGCUUCUAUGAAGGUUCGUCCACUGUGCUAGAAUAGCUUGUCGUAAAAUAGCUCUUCAUGAUGGAGAUAAGUACAGCCAGUAGGUGUUGUCCAGACCCCCAGCCACAGGCAAUAUUAUUUUCAAGAAUUUCAAGAACAUCAGGACGGGAAAGCACUCAUAGAAUUUCUUGCAAUAUAACUGCCCAGAGCUCAAGGCUGUGUUAUCGAGGCUUGGCCGCUUCCUACCGAAUCUUUAAUGCAGUAUAUCCAAAUAGGCCAUUUCUCCGUAGAGCACAUUCUAUGUCAACUAGUUUGGAUGAGUCUACAUCAUUGCCGUCCGAAGGCGAUUCUGAUGAAGAUGAGACUGAAGACUUGAAGGAGAAGAUUUUGGAACAACCACUGAGAAGUGAACAGAUAGCAGCACUCCUUGCUGAUACUGAAAGAGCAAGGCUUACAAAGAAGCUUAGUGAAGCCAACCAACAUAAUCGGUUCCUCAAAAGACAGUUGCAAAUAAAGGAGGAAUCAUUGGUUAACUUUAAAAGUGAGCUUGCUGUUAUGGAGCUUGAGGUUCAGGCUUUGGUCAAACUUGCUGAAGAAAUAGCUCAGUCUGCUAUUCCAGAAGGUUCAAGGAAGAUCAAUGGAAAAUAUAUUCAAUCUCACAUUGUUUCUCGUUUAGGAGCUAUGCAUGAGAAAUUAAAGGAACAGAUAAAGGAUGUAGUUUCAGUUCAAUCCAAAGAGGUUCCUGUAUUUUGGGUUGGCAUGGCUGAGAGCGUGCAAGUAAUGGGCAGCUUUGAUGGCUGGAGCCAAGGAGAAUACCUAUCACCAGAGUAUGAUGGUUCUUAUACCAAGUUCUCUUCAACGUUGAUGCUUAGACCAGGUAUGAGAUCAAAUUCUUGGUGGAUGGUGAAUGGCAGCUUUCGCCGGAGUUUCCCACUGUUGGUGAGGGAUUAACCAAAAACAAUCUGUUAGUUGUGGAAUGAUAGUUUUUAGUUUGCAGAGGCAUAUGUAGUUUUUUUAAGUUUUUGCCAUUCUUCCCCUUGGACAAUUGAGUAUGUUCCCCAUGCGAAUCAAAUUCUUCUGCUAAACUGGGUUGAGGGCUUGAGGCCAUGUUUGUUCAAGUUAGACGGGUCAUUGCAGCUGAGUCCAGUCGUAGAUGCGUGUAAGUAGUUAACUUGCUGAUAAAAAUUACAGCAGUUUUUUUAGUC